AUGUUACUGGAGAGAGGGGCGGAGCCGGAUAUUAGUGACCAGGACAGCCAAACACCUCUAUCAUGGGCAGUGGACGGUCACAAUACAGCGUUAGCUGCAAUCCUCAUGAAGAAGGGGGCUGCUCUAAACUCAAAAGACAAGGAUGGUCAAACGCCUCUGUCAUGGGCCGCUGACGACGGUUUUAUGGUGAAGCUGCUGGUGGAAAAAGGGGCUGAUGUACACGCAGCUGACAAGCAUGGACGAACCCCUCUAUCAAGGGCCGCAACAGGAAAGUUCCACUACAGUGCCGUGAAUCUACUACUGGACCACGGGGCUGAGCCCAAUUCCAGAGACAACAAUGGUCGAUCACCAUUGUUAUGGGCCUCAGUGGAGGGAACGGCUAAACUAUUGUUGAAGAGUGGCGCUGAUCCAUACUGUGCAGAUAACGAGGGAGCAACAACUUUGUUGAUAGCUGAAGAAAAAGGCUGGGAAAAAGUGGUGAAACUUAUCCUCGAGGUCAAGGACAACUUAGACGUGGUGGAUUCAGACGAUUUAAAUUAA